UAAAAUUAUUGUGACCAUGGCAACAAAAGAGAAACACCCCAGAGGUAUAUAUAACCAUAGUGGCCAGCAGCCUGGGAGACGGUUCCACAGACUACUGCAAAGAUGAAGACUCUGCUGGUUGCCUUGCUGGUGGCAAUCUUAUGCGCCGGAAAAGCCCACUCCUUUUUUUGCUACAGGUGCGAAAAUGAGCCUUCCAACUGGAACUGUUUAAAGGCAGUUAAGUGCUCAGAACAGGAUCAGUUCUGUACCACGAUCACUUCCACUUCAGGAACGGGUAAGAACGCUGUGUACCAGCUUAGCAAGAGAUGCACCCCGACCUGUACGGAGAACUUCAUGGACACAGGCCUGACGAGCGUUUCAACCAAGUGUUGCAAUAGCUCCUUCUGCAACAUCAGCGGGGCCACCAGCGUCAAAACCAGCGGGCUGCUGAUGGCCGUGGGAGUCCUGGCCAGUUUUUUCUACAUCUUCCAAUCCGUCUUGUGAGGAGGCGCUGCGGAGCAAAGGUCACAGUUCUCCUAUCAAAAACUGUCAAAUGUCACUCCCCUUUCACUUGUUCGAUAUCAAGAUCCCCGCCGUGGGCGGCAAACACUCCCCCGGCCCCGAAGCAUCGCGGAACGGCUUGCUUACCUGGAUCAUUGCCCUGAAAGCUAAAAUUCCUGGCUUCUUGCUUGGUAUUGCAGAGCAGGGAGCUCCUCCCUCCACCUGCCCAGAAACCUCUCGCUCCUCUUUGGUGUUGCAGUGCAUCAUCUUCUCCCCAGACCCUCGAUAAAGCAGCUGAUGAGUCUCCUCCUCCAGCCACCCCAUAUCAUUUGCCCCCCCCCCAAAGCCUCAGGUCAUUCCCAGACAACACAUUUUCUGACUGGUUUGCACAGAGUUUGGUUUGCACAACCUUUGCCAUUCCCAGACAACCGACAUGCAAAAUCAGUUUGCACAAAGUAUCCAAGGAAGUUAAAUAAUACCAGCUGUUUGCUAAGCAUUUGUGGCAGAGGGGGAUAUCAGAUGACAUUGCAUCAAGCAAAUGCCAUCUCAUGCGUUCCUUUAUCAUUCCCCACUGCUUUCCUUAUUUCAGGGAGUCCUGGGGGGGGGGGGAGCAGAAUGGUUGCACAAACCGAUUUUUAUUUUUCUACCUGAGUUUUAUUUUAUGUUAGAAGAGCAAAAGUCUGGGACAGCCCCAGGUCUUAGUGAGCUCAGAGCAGGCUUGCAGCACAGGCUCAAGCUGGUUCCACGAUCACCUUUCCUAAUUUGUAAAGCUGGAGCACAUGUUAAUAAAGUUUUGCCAUUUAA